AAUUAAAAAUUCAAUUAAGAGUAAAAGUCCAAAGUUCUACAAUUCGUCAAAAACUUCAUUAGCCGACGAUUUGGAACGAUUAUACUGGAGUAAAGACGACACUGAUAUUACUAUUGUUGUCGAGGGCCGAAGAUUCCCAGCUCACAAAAUUUUUCUCAAAAUGCGCAGUCAAUUUCUAGCAGCACUGCUCAGCCAGGACACAACUAAGAAGGAUUUAUUGCUAGAAGAUAUUAAAUCCACAAUUUUUGAAAAAGUAUUGAGAUUUAUUUACACUGAUCGAGCUCAUAACCUGGGUGAUGAUGCUGCUGAAGUGUUGGAGGCUGCUGAUAAGUUUCAGCUUGAAACUUUAAAAAUAAUUUGCGAGGAGUCACUCACUAGGUCUUUAAAUCGUGAAAACUUUAUUGAAAUAAUAAGUCUAGCGGAUCGCCACUUUGCUAAAAAUUUGAAGAAUUACGCCAUGGAGUUUUUUGGUACCGUAGCAGAAGAUAUUGUUAAUAGUCACGAGUUCACGAAAUUAGAAAAUACUAACCCGUACUUAGCGUUAGAGUUGUUUAAAAAGUUUCAUAUUUUUAAAAUAAACAGUCUAAAAAUAAACUCAGGUUAAAUAUCAAAGGUAGAGAGAAUUGGAAAAAAAUGUAACUCGACAUAUGUAUGUUUUCACGGGAUAUUUGCAUACGAAAUUAAACUGCUGUUUGCGGACGAGGAUGUGCUCUGUCAGUGUAAGCAUAUAUACACAUUAGCCGUGGGCCAGACCGAUGCUGGCUAUAACAGCAGAGGAAUAGCGGUCGCUUGCAUCUCGUAGUCAUACUAUUAUACAUAUACAUAUAUGUGAUAUGUGCAGACGGUAUAGUAUAAUAUUCAUAGAGACUUCUCGAGGAGCAUAAGUUGAGCUGAUACAAAUCGUUUGCAAACUGUCCCCAUAAUUCAUUCCUUCAGAUCUCGUACGUCCGAACAGAACUCGGAUCCAUCAAUGUAAAUAUCAUAAUCAUAAGUAUUAAUACUGUAUACACGAUGUAGAAUAUAGGAUGGAGUAAGAGGAAUGAAAAUAAAUAAAUAAAAAUGACAGACGUACUGUAGAUAAUAAAAGAUACACUCUACAAAGUAAACGGCUGAUAUGAAAAAUAAUAAAGGAAAUUUUUUAUUCAA